UUUUCUGGGAGGAGGAAGGAAGAAGUAGGGUUAGGUUUAAAUCAUAGAUGUCCUUGUACGCGCGAUUCUCUCUUUAAUUUAAUCGGAUCUCUGAUAAGGAAAACAAUGGCUCGAAUCAUUUUGAUAUAAAGCCACGGAGGACUCCGCAUUUAGAUUCGUGUUAUGCGCAGUGAAAAAAUACAAGACUGGAAAGACAAUUCAAAGAUGGCGGAGACGUAGGAGACGAGUGACGUAUUUGCGACAGACAUCCAUCCGUUCGCUCGUUUUAAUUCUAUGACAACUCGAUUCUUGGAAAACUUGUGGAUCGAGGAUGCGCGAAGAUACCGAGGGACAUGGAAACGAGCAGAAGCGAGCACGUCGCGAGAGAGUGUGCGAGAGGUAUUAUCAGAGUGUCGUUAUCGCGUAGGCGGUCCCCUGGCUCGUCGUUUAAACUCUAACAUGAACGCGGAAACGCUUGCGUUCCAUUGAGAGGAGUCGGCACUCCAGAGGGGUAACGGUGGCUUCGAUGCUCCUCCAGUGACCUUCCGGCAGGGCGAUGAGUUGGCUACGGAGCAGUCCCCUGAGGACGAGCUUCAGCAAGCAACGCUCCAGGGAUUCACCUCCCAAGGAUGCGGAUCCCACUGCUUGCUACGACAGCUUCCGUAAACACUGGCAACAGACCUAUGACAUUAUUACGAAUACUCAGCCUCCGGUUGGAAUACCCAAUCAAGAUGACGUGUUAGGAGUUGUCAAUCAUAUAGACCAAAUGGUGACGUUGCUAUUGUUGGAGCUCAGGAACUCCAAUACCCAGAAUCGUUAUCGCCGGACCUCGACGCCUACUCAUUCUCCGUGCCUUGAGCAUCUGCUCAGUGAGAACCUGCUGGAUAAACUGUACGACUGGAGCGUACAUACUGGCAGAUUUGGCAAUGCGGUACGAUUGGAACAAUUGAAGCUGUACGAGCUGCUGGUUUCGCACAGUGGUGCACUUUUAGCUCAUGAACCGGUGACAAGGCCUCUGCUUCGAUUACUACAAGAAUGUGCAGACGACAUAAUGCCGGUGGAGGUGGAGAAGAAACUGGUCGUUCUGUUAAAUCAGUUGUGCGUGGCACUCAUGCAAAGCAUGGCUUUACUGGACCUGUUUUUCCACCCAACAGCGACUGGAAAGAACAAAUUCAUCAUUUUCAAUUUGUUACUACCACACAUUCAUAGAGAGGGAGGUGUCGGGCAACAAGCUCGAGAUGCCAUGUUGCUUUGUAUGUCCCUUUCAAAGAAGAAUGAUGAAGUGGGACAAUACAUUGCGGAUCAUUCAAACGUUUGCCCAGUAUUAGCCACAGGACUGAGUGGUCUGUAUUCGCUGCUACCUCGCAAGCUCGACAUCGAGACCGAAGACUGGCAUCGGUUGACACCUGACGAUGUGAACGAUAUGCCAGCCCUUACCCAAUUGAUGAACUCUCUGGAGUUCUGCAAUGCCGUCGCACAAGUUGCUCAUCCACUGGUGCAAAAGCAACUGCUUGAAUUCCUUUACCAUGGGUUUCUAGUACCUGUCAUGGGUCCGGCACUUCUGCAGGAUUCUCUCGGCUUGACCCUAAAUCAGCUAGAUGCACCACAGAACUGGACAGUUGUCGAGGAGCUGGUCGCUGCGACAGCCUACUUCGAUCUCUUCCUGAGAUCGGUCAACGAGCCUGGAUUAUUGCGGUCUUUGGUGAGGUUCAUGUUAGAAGACAACUACGACGAGUGCAGGAUACUCGAUAGCCUCAUCCAAAGGAUAUCCUCCAGAUCACGACUUUGCAUCGUCACCUUGGCACUGUUCGAAACCUUGGUCGACCUGAACUGCGAAGAUGUAAUGUUGGAACUCUGUUUUGCAGCCCUUAAUCCCUGCUCGCACGUAAUGCUGUCCCAAAGAAGACGACUGAAAGACGUGGAUUCUUUCGGUCGAGGAGCUGAGAAAUUCCUGUCCUUGACCCCGAACUGCUGCAUGCAAUACGCAGUGGCUAACAGUUCGACACCGCCAAACUCCUUGCCUCAGAUCCCUCCUUCCCGUAGGAAGAGUCCAAGUUCCACAGUGGAGGGUUUCAAAUCCUUGCCAGUGCCAAUCAGCUAUGGUACAAAGUUAUCGGAGAGCUUGUAUGGGAAUUACCAUGCGUAUCUCCUGGAUGCGAGACAAAAGAUAGCUGCUUGCCAGAUUGCCUGCUCGAGCUGGUCCUGUCGAUACGAUGGGGAGCCUCCGAAGGAGAGCAACACUAGCAGUGCCACCACUCUAGCCGGAGAGACCACCUUGGUGGAACAGUCGACGAGGAAAAUGGAGACAAACUCCACGUCGCAACCAGAAACAUUCAAGGACUCCAGAGAUACGUUUAAGGACCCUUCGAUGCAGAACGUCCUGGAUAAUAUUAAAUCCUUACUCGAGGAGGAGUCAUCCAACCCCAUGGAUGCACCGGAGCGAACAGAAUUAGAUAUUUUGAGUAGAAGUGGACUCUCUGCGGAGGAGCAAACCAAGUUGGAUGCUGACAUCGCUGAGCUCCUCAACGAAGACAUUGGCAUGGUGGAACCAGCCAGCGAAGCCCAUCUGGCUGAAAAGAAGGGGUCCGAUAGUGGCAUCGAUGAGACCAACACUGCGAUGAACUCCCUUCUCUCCAUCGGAGAGAGCAGUGGGUACGAAAGCUUCGCCUUCAAGGGUUCUUCGGAAUCUACACCGGACAAUGAACCCAGUGAGGACAGAAUAAGCGAACACGAAGAGGACCCUGGGAGAGAGCCCUGCGUAAGGCUCCACGGAGUGUCAGAAUCUGCUGUCGUUACUGCCAAUGAGGUCUCCACAGUGAACAAGCAGAGCAGAGAGAACUCGUACCACCAGGAUAUCUUCAAUGGGCAGCCUAAUGUGGGGAUCUUCCUAGAUGUCAUCCUGAGGAAAUUGGAGUGCAUGAUGAGCAACAACGUUUAUGUGAAUCUUCACUUGACGGGCCUGAUAAGCAGGCUCGCGAUAUAUCCUCAGCCACUGCUGCAGUCUUUCCUCCUGAACCACUCUCUCGUCUUUCAGCCUAGCAUCAGGUCCCUCUUCCAGGUACUUGCCUCCCUGAAGCACCGGAUAGACCAGUUCCUCGUCAAGCACGAGGAUGUGGAUCUCCUGGUGGAGCAGGCCAGGUCGUUCCUGAUCGGUCGCGAGGACAGACUCGUGAACGCCAGGAAAAACGUUCUGGAAGCCUCGGCACAAAUAGCGACGAACAGACGGAACUCCUUCGCCAGCGAGCCGUUCUCCAGAGGUGAACCAAAGAGGAGAAGUCUGACCUCGUCCUUCACGCAGAUGUUCCGAAGGACUGGUGCCAAUUCUGGUCCCAGUAGCCUCACCAAUUCUAUCAGUCAGCCGUCCAGCAUGAUAUCGGAGGACCAGUUGGAAGUCAUCGGAGAUGGCUCCGGAUACAGGUUUUACACGAAGACGUCCUGGGAGUCGCCGAACGAGAUCAGCCCGGUGCAGAACGUCGUCCUUUGUGCAGUGGUUCUCGACGAAUGGCUCAAAGAGCUCGCCGCGAUCACUCAGGAACACACGAUCACCUGUUUAACCAGCAGCUCCGAGUCGAAGGUUUAGGUCGCAAUCUAAGGUCUAGAGGAAGGUCGACGACGGGGAUAUGUGAUACACCAGUAAACGUAUAGGCAUUGUCGACAGGGUUCUUCUGCUUAUUUUUCUUUCUCUCUUUUCUUUUUCUAUUUAUCUGCCUCGAUCUCACGCAGGAAAGAGAAAUUAAUACCGAGCUCUCUCCUUAGAUCGCGACUACGUUAGGUCGAGGGCGAGUAGGGUCUCCUAGCUUUACUUUUUUUAGAGCACAAGUGGGAAUUCACGGAUCCAUUGUAGACGUGCACGCAUCGAUAGACGAAGUCGGCCGCGACGAGGACGUUCCGAGCACUUGCAAUCCUGAGCUGAAGAGAGUACCACUUAGGGGAACGAAGUGCCAAUUCAUUCGCUCCGGGAAUUGUUCCGAACGCGUUGCUCCUGUCUCGAGAUGUCCAGGUAGUUGGAAGGGAAUCACGUUAGAGCACUCUGUAUCGGGAUUCGAGGGUAGCAAAGAGAGUACACGAUCGCCUGUAUGGCGCGCAAUUUAAUCUAGGCUGCGAUAAUUAGGGAAUUUGCGAAAGAGAGGCCUCUUAUGUAAAGAGGAGACGUCAGGGUGACGACUGGAUUUUCGUUUCGUAUUUUGUACUUAGCCGAGCCGACGAAGUAGACGUACAAAGCGCUCUCGAGGCGGAGCUUUAUCGUCGACCCCAAAAGUCGGCACGCAGGAUUUUACGUCUACGCUUUGAUAACGAGACGCUAUUUUUCGAGCGCUUUAUUUUUUACACUCUAUGGUCUACGCGAUGCCGAGGGUUGCACGUUUGAAACGGCCUAGCACGCUUCCAAGGCUACCUUGAAGACGUUGCUGGGAAAUCUACGACAUUUGCGAGAAAUUUAUUCAGGGACACGAGGAUGGAGUCCACGUGGUCUGAUUUUGGCGAACUGGGUGCACCGAAGCAUUUAAAAUUACACCACGUGAAUGCGGAAGAACUCCGAAGAACGGAAGAACGUUCGUGAAAUUUAGUGUUUUUGUAACAAAAUUUGUUAAUGUUUGUAAGAAAAGUUAAUAGAAAAUUUCAGGGGUGCCAGGAUCUUCUCUGGGGCCUCCACAGACACGUGGUGAGAUUUCAAAUGAUUCGGUGCACCCAGUUUGAGGAAAAGUCAUAAACAAGACAAUUUGGAUCCCACUUUCGUAUCACCUUAAUUCUGAGCAAGCGCACGAGACUUUGUUGUUAAUUCAUAAGCAUUGAGCCUAAAGAGCGUUAUCGUCUUUUAGCGUUUAUAUCUACCGUUCUUUAUCUCCUUCCUGUGUAGACUUAAAGAGGGGCGACCGCAAAGAGGAGAAUUACGGAAACCGAGCCAGGGGACGAGUUAGGAUUACGUGCAAUUCCGUUGGGAUUAUUGUAAAAUUAACUACCCGUGUUCUGUACAUUACGUGUAAUAUAGAAUAGAAGGUAUAUGAUUAUGUUACGGCAGAGACGUUUUAAUAAAGUGCAACAUUUACUCAAGA